GUGUCACUAGCGUUCUCUAGGCUGCAGCGUGCUUGUUUUAACCGUUUUUCCUUCCAAGUUUCUGAAAUCAAGAUGAGAUUGUUUCACUGGGUAGCUGCUGCUAUAUUGGUGCUGGGAUUAGCGGGGUUCCAGAUCGCCGACGCCUUGAACGGGGAGGAGGAGUUGCAAUUCCUGGUUGAUCGUGCCCUGAUGGAAAUAACCGAGGAUAAGAAGUCCGAAGUUUCCCAAGCGUUCAGUAUCGUUGGUAAGCCGGCUUUACAAAGCACAUCCCAUAGCAGUGGAAAGUUUCCAGCAUCAAACGCAGUGGACGGCAGUCUGUCAUCAGAUGUCGCGUAUUGUUCGCACACGGUUGGUGAUAGUUCGAAUCCAUGGUGGAGAGUCGAUCUUGGAGAAGACCACUGCAUCAGCAAAGUCCGAAUUCUGAACCGUGGAGACUGCUGCAGCGAACGUCUGGAAGGCGCUGUUGUGCGUGCUGGUGACAACCCCCAUGUCACCAUCAACCCGACUUGUGGUUCACCUGUCACCGCUGCCCAAGCCCAACCACGUGGUGGUAUCAUCGAGUUUGCUUGCUCUCCGGCGUUGAGGGCGCGAUACGUCAGCGUAAAUAUCCAUGGUACGGGCACCUUGCAACUUUGUGAGGUGACGGUGGAGGAAUUCUCCUUUGAUCAAUGCGUGGUUUCCCAAGCGUUCAGUAUCGUUGGUAAGCCGGCUUUACAAAGCACAUCCCAUAGCAGUGGAAAGUUUCCGGCAUCAAACGCAGUGGACGGCAGUCUGUCAUCAGAUGUCGCGUAUUGUUCGCACACGGUUGGUGAUAGUUCAAAUCCCUGGUGGAGAGUCGAUCUGGGAGAAGACCACUGCAUCAGCAAAGUCCGAAUUCUGAACCGUGGAGACUGCUGCAGCGAACGUCUGGAAGGCGCUGUUGUGCGUGCUGGUGACAACCCCCAUGUCACCAUCAACCCGACUUGUGGUUCACCUGUCACCGCUGCCCAAGCCCAACCACGUGGUGGUAUCAUUGAGUUUGAUUGCUCUCCGGCGUUGAGGGCGCGAUACGUCAGCGUAAAUAUCCAUGGUACGGGCACCUUGCAACUUUGUGAGGUGACGGUGGAGGAAUUCCCCUUUGAUCAAUGCGAGGUUUCGCAAGCGUUCAGUAUCGUUGGUAAGCCGGCUUUACAAAGCACAUCCCAUAGCAGUGGAAAGUUUCCAGCAUCAAACGCAGUGGAUGGCAGUCUGUCAUCAGAUGUCGCGUAUUGUUCGCACACGGUUGGUGAUAGUUCGAAUCCAUGGUGGAGAGUCGAUCUUGGAGAAGACCACUGCAUCAGCAAAGUCCGAAUUCUGAACCGUGGAGACUGCUGCAGCGAACGUCUUGAAGGCGCUGUUGUGCGUGCUGGUGACAACCCCCAUGUCACCAUCAACCCGACUUGUGGUUCACCUGUCACCGCUGCCCAAGCCCAACCACGUGGUGGUAUCAUCGAGUUUGAUUGCUCUCCGGCGUUGAGGGCGCGAUACGUCAGCGUAAAUAUCCAUGGUACAGGCACCUUGCAACUUUGUGAGGUGACGGUGGAGGAAUUCCCCUUUGAUCAAUGCGAGGUUUCCCAAGCGUUCAGUAUCGUUGGUAAGCCGGCUUUACAAUGCACAUCCCAUAGCAGUGGAAAGUUUCCAGCAUCAAACGCAGUGGACGGCAGUCUGUCAUCAGAUGUCGCGUAUUGUUCGCACACGGUUGGUGAUAGUUCGAAUCCAUGGUGGAGAGUCGAUCUUGGAGAAGACCACUGCAUCAGCAAAGUCCGAAUUCUGAACCGUGGAGACUGCUGCAGCGAACGUCUAGAAGGCGCUGUUGUGCGUGCUGGUGACAACCCCCAUGUCACCAUCAACCCGACUUGUGGUUCACCUGUCACCGCUGCCCAAGCCCAACCACGUGGUGGUAUCAUUGAGUUUGAUUGCUCUCCGGCGUUGAGGGCGCGAUACGUCAGCGUAAACAUCCCUGGUACGGGCACCUUGCAACUCUGUGAGGUGACGGUGGAGGAAUUCCCCUUUGAUCAAUGCGAGGUUUCCCAAGCGUUCAGUAUCGUUGGUAAGCCGGCUUUACAAAGCACAUCCCAUAGCAGUGGAAAGUUUCCAGCAUCAAACGCAGUGGACGGCAGUCUGUCAUCAGAUGUCGCGUAUUGUUCGCACACGGUUGGUGAUAGUUCGAAUCCAUGGUGGAGAGUCGAUCUUGGAGAAGACCACUGCAUCAGCAAAGUCCGAAUUCUGAACCGUGGAGACUGCUGCAGCGAACGUCUGGAAGGCGCUGUUGUGCGUGCUGGUGACAACCCCCAUGUCACCAUCAACCCGACUUGUGGUUCACCUGUCACCGCUGCCCAAGCCCAACCACGUGGUGGUAUCAUUGAGUUUGAUUGCUCUCCGGCGUUGAGGGCGCGAUACGUCAGCGUAAACAUCCCUGGUACGGGCACCUUGCAACUUUGUGAGGUGACGGUGGAGGAAUUCCCCUUUGAUCAAUGCGAGGUUUCGCAAGCGUUCAGUAUCGUUGAUAAGCCGGCUUUACAAAGCACAUCCCAUAGCAGUGGAAAGUUUCCGGCAUCAAACGCAGUGGACGGCAGUCUGUCAUCAGAUGUCGCGUAUUGUUCACAUACGGUUGGUGAUAGUUCGAAUCCAUGGUGGAGAGUCGAUCUUGGAGAAGACCACUGCAUCAGCAAAGUCCGAAUUCUGAACCGUGGAGACUGCUGCAGCGAACGUCUGGAAGGCGCUGUUGUGCGUGCUGGUGACAGCUCCCAUGUCACCAUCAACCCGACUUGUGGUUCACCUGUCACCGCUGCCCAAGCCCAACCACGUGGUGGUAUCAUCGAGUUUGAUUGCUCUCCGGCGUUGAGGGCGCGAUACGUCAGCGUAAAUAUCCAUGGUACGGGCACCUUGCAACUUUGUGAGGUGACGGUGGAGGAAUUUCCCUUUGAUCAAUGUGUGGUUUCCCAAGCGUUCAGUAUCGUUGGUAAGCCGGCUUUACAAAGCACAUCCCAUAGCAGUGGAAAGUUUCCAGCAUCAAACGCAGUGGACGGCAGUCUGUCAUCAAAUGUCGCGUAUUGUUCGCACACGGUUGGUGAUAGUUCGAAUCCAUGGUGGAGAGUCGAUCUUGGAGCAGAUCACUGCAUCAGCAAAGUCCGAAUUCUGAACCGUGGAGACUGCUGCAGCGAACGUCUGGAAGGCGCUGUUGUGCGUGCUGGUGACAGCCCCCAUGUCACCAUCAACCCGACUUGUGGUUCACCUGUCACCGCUGCCCAAGCCCAACCACGUGGUGGUAUCAUCGAGUUUGAUUGCUCUCCGGCGUUGAGGGCGCGAUACGUCAGCGUAAAUAUCCAUGGUACGGGCACCUUGCAACUUUGUGAGGUGACGGUGGAGGAAUUCCCCUUUGAUCAAUGCGAGGUUUCCCAAGUGUUCAGUAUCGUUGGUAAGCCGGCUUUACAAAGCACAUCCCAUAGCAGUGGAAAGUUUCCAGCAUCAAACGCAGUGGACGGCAGUCUGUCAUCAGAUGUCGCGUAUUGUUCGCACACGGUUGGUGAUAGUUCGAAUCCAUGGUGGAGAGUCGAUCUUGGAGAAGACCACUGCAUCAGCAAAGUCCGAAUUCUGAACCGUGGAGACUGCUGCAGCGAACGUCUGGAAGGCGCUGUUGUGCGUGCUGGUGACAACCCCCAUGUCACCAUCAACCCGACUUGUGGUUCACCUGUCACCGCUGUCCAAGCCCAACCACGUGGUGGUAUCAUCGAGUUUGAUUGCUCUCCGGCGUUGAGGGCGCGAUACGUCAGCGUAAAUAUCCAUGGUACGGGCACCUUGCAACUUUGUGAGGUGACGGUGGAGGAAUUUCCCUUUGAUCAAUGUGUGGUUUCCCAAGCGUUCAGUAUCGUUGGUAAGCCGGCUUUACAAAGCACAUCCCAUAGCAGUGGAAAGUUUCCAGCAUCAAACGCAGUGGACGGCAGUCUGUCAUCAGAUGUCGCGUAUUGUUCGCACACGGUUGGUGCUAGUUCGAAUCCAUGGUGGAGAGUCGAUCUUGGAGAAGACCACUGCAUCAGCAAAGUCCGAAUUCUGAACCGUGGAGACUGCUGCAGCGAACGUCUGGAAGGCGCUGUUGUGCGUGCUGGUGACAGCCCCCAUGUCACCAUCAACCCGACUUGUGGUUCACCUGUCACCGCUGCCCAAGCCCAACCACGUGGUGGUACCAUCGAGUUUGAUUGCUCUCCGGCGUUAAGGGCGCGAUACGUCAGCGUAAAUGUCCAGGGUACGGGCACCUUGCAACUUUGUGAGGUGACGGUGGAGGAAUUCCCCUUUGAUAAAUGCGUGGUUUCCCAAGCGUUCAGUAUCGUUGGUAAGCCGGCUGUACAAAGCACAUCCCAUUGCAGCGGAAACUUUCCAGCAACAAACGCAGUGGACGGCAGUCUGUCGUCAGAUGUCGCGUAUUGUUCACACACGGUUGGUGGUAGUUCGAAUCCAUGGUGGAGAGUCGAUCUUGGAGAAGACCACUGCAUCAGCAAAGUCCGAAUUCUGAACCGUGGAGACUGCUGCAGCGAACGUCUGGAAGGCGCUAUUGUGCGCGCUGGUGACAGCUCCUAUGUCACCAUCAACCCGACUUGUGGUUCACCUGUAACUGCUGCGCAAGCCCAACCACGUGGUGAUAUCAUCGAGUUUGAUUGCUCUCCGGCGUUGAGGGCGCGAUACGUCAGUGUAAAUAUCCCUGGUACGGGCACCUUGCAACUUUGUGAGGUGACGGUGGAGGAAUUCCCCUUUGAUCAAUGCGAGGUUUCCCAAGUGUUCAGUAUCGUUGGUAAGCCGGCUUUACAAAGCACAUCCCAUAGCAGUGGAAAGUUUCCAGCAUCAAACGCAGUGGACGGCAGUCUGUCAUCAAAUGUCGCGUAUUGUUCGCACACGGUUGCCGAUACUAGAAACCCAUGGUGGAGAGUCGAUCUUGAAGAAGAGCAAUGCGUUACCAAGGUAACCAUCCUGAACCGUGGAGACUGUUGCAGUGAACGACUGUUCCACGCCCAGGUUCGUGCUGGUCUGAGCGGGACCGUCACACAGAACCCGGCAUGCGGGGCACCAGUCACUAUCAGUCAAGCCCAACCAUUGGGAGGGAUCGUCGAGAUUGACUGCGACCGACCGUUGAGGGCUCGCUACGUGAGCGUCGAUAUUCCGGGUACUGCUACUCUUCAACUCUGUGAGGUCUACGUUGAUGUGUUGUCCUCCGGAGGUUGCUAAGCAUCUUCUCGGCCGGUACCUCCCUUUGAAUCAGGAACAGAUUUGACGAUGUCCAUCUUUGAAUUAACUAGACAAUUUAACAAUGGUAUUCUUUACAGUUAUGGUGAAUGUUUUUUUUUUU